AUGUCCAUCCUAUCUCUCUCCAUCUGCUUCAUUUUCCUUUUUCUCAGCUGCUCCGCCAUUUCACAGGGAGCCCUCAUGCCAGAUAGGGCCGGGAUACGGUACAUGGAAGGAGAGACAAGUAUACCGAGUCGAAUUAAUGUGUGGGCGCCUGAGACGGCUUCCACAAGGGAAGCACUGUUUCAUAUGCACCACCGUUUCUCGCCAAUCGCCCCAACAGGCUGCAUAUGGCCCUGUCCCGUUGACUGGCACGGUAUAAACUACCUCAAAUCACCUUAUACCAAAGUCACGACAGCCUCAUUCGUUAUCGAUAUUGGCUGCACUGUCCAAGAAUUGCAAUCCUGGCACCUGCGUCUAGGGAGAGUGGACUGUGACGGGAGAUGGGGUGGGUGUCCUGGGCUGCGGCGUGAUAGGACGUCCAGGGGCGGUAUACUAUCUCUGCCAUGCAGCCCAAGCCAGAUCCCUUGGGCAAGGCGACGCUCGCGAACCUGGAAAUCACUGUUGAGCUGCAUCACGGAAAAAGCGUCAGACGAACGCCCGCUGACGAUCCUCCCGCUCCUGCUGGAACGGGCCGCUAGCCACUGCACCGCUCACGAACGAUUCGAUAUCGAUGCGUCUUAUCCAGCGGAGAAGUCAUCUUACAAACGUGCAGACACCCAAGAGUGUUAA